UCCUAUGAGUCCUAUCUCAUGCGGCUACUUCCAACGACCAUCAUCCUCUUGAAGGGCUCCGGCUCCCUUCACUCCGUCUUAUACGACUCCCUGAGCCGUCACUCCCCGUCAACUCUUCGCUUCAAGCUUCAACUACCAUCAUGGCUUCAUAUAGAGGCUCUCUAUGUCAUCUGAGAGGCCCCUUGCAGUCCAUCUCGUGGGCCCGUUCUACCCAGGGCUCACUGAGACUACCGGUCCUCUCCCAGCUACGCCCUUCCACCCACCAUGGCUGUCAGCCCAGACACUCAUCUCACCCAUCACCCACCGCCCACGGCGUGCGCUGUCUUCAUCUAGGCACCGUUCUAGAAUCCGGCGUUCACCUGGCCCAAGAAUCUCUACUCGCCAUCCACGCCACCACCGGCCUACCCUGGUACUUCGUCAUUCCGCUUUUCGCACUCGGCGUCAACCUUACCGUUCGGUUGCCUCUUCAGAUUUAUAGCAGAAAAAUCAUCCUUGCUCGGUCGCGGCUGCAGCCGAUCGUCGGGACAUGGGCAGCAUUUCACAAGCUGAGACGCCAGGAGAAACUGUCUCGCGCCCUUUACACGGGGAAAUCACAAGCCCGGCUUUGUAAAGAACGAGGUCUACAAAUCUGGAAAGCAUGGGCCCCGUCUCUCAGUAUCGCUCCCUGGAUUAUGGCUACAGACGCUACCCGUCGCAUGACCGGCGCCGGCGGCGGCAUAAUCUCCCUUGUAUCCGGCCAAUAUAUCCAAGAGCAUCGGCAGCAGUUGCAGCAGCAGCAGCAGCAGCAGCAGCAGCAGUCCCAGGGACUGGUUCCAGCCACUACCGCGCAACCAGUUGAAGGCAUUCCCCUCAGCGAUACCGACUCUUCCGUCUCACUCACAACCGCAGCCCCAGAUGCCCAAUUACCAGCGGAUGUCUCCUCGUUCCUCGAGCCGAGCAUGGCGACCGGUGGCACCCUAUGGUUUCCGGACCUGACGGUCCCCGAUCCCUAUAUCAUCCUUCCCAUUUUAUGGUCAGCCACGUUGUGUUGGGCUUUGAUUCCCGAGACGCCCGCAGCCCGUCGGGCGUUCUUCAAUAUGACCCAGGAUGUCAGCAAACUCACAACCGUCGCCAAUACUAGCACUCCAUGGGCAUUGCGGCUACGAAGAGCAGCCUUGCUCGUUUCUAUCGGCAUGCCCUUGAUCGCCAUGUAUCUCCCUGCCGGCAUGCUGCUCUACGUCGUCUCGUCGUCGCUAUGGACGCAACUAAACGGUUGGAUAUUGAACCGCUAUAUGCCCUUUGAAAGUCCAUUUGCCACACCUCCCAUGGCACUGGAAAAGGGUUGGGUGAAGCCUCCGAAAUAAAACAGGCGGAAGAAAAAAAGGCUGAAAGGCUCCAUAGCUCAUCGUGUAGAAACACGAGCGAUCAGUUAGAUUCGCUACAAAACCCUGUACAAAUAUACACCCUGUAACAUCCGGAUAGCAACGCCAUGAU